AUGCGCAUGUUGAAUGCAAUGAACAGAGUCCUCCUCAACCUUCGCCACCCUCUACUUCCACUCUCCGCCACACUUCCAUCAACACGAUUAAUCCAUUCCAACAUGCAUCACAGCAAUCAACUCCCACUUUCAUCAUUUUCCACUUCCACCAAAGCUUCCAACGAUUUAGAUCUAUCGACGAAAACAUGCGUUCCGUGCAAUUCGAAGGAAUUGAAACCUAUGACAGAAGAUGCAGCGCAUUCUCUCAUUCCUCAGGUUUCCGAGUGGAAUUUGGUAAAUGAAGGCGGUUCUUUGAAACUGAGUAGAUCAUGGAAAGUUAAAUCUUUUAACAAAGGAUUGGAAUUUUUCAGAAUUAUAGCUGAUCUUGCUGAAGCUCAAGGUCAUCAUCCUGAUCUUCACCUUGUUGGCUGGAAUAAUGUUACUAUAGAGAUUUGGACUCAUUCUGUUGGCGGGCUGACAGAGAAUGACAUCAUACUUGCUGCUAAGAUCAAUGAGCUCAAUGUGCAUGGCUUACUAAGAAAGAAAGCCUCUUGA